CUCAGUUGCCUUGCAGACGCGCAGCGGACAAGUUGUUACUGGAGAUACGGUGGGCACUCGCUAAUUUCUGCGGCUCCACAUAAAUGCUGACUGCUGCUGCUGGCCAUGAUGUCUUGGCCAAAACAAUGGGGCUUCGCUAGCCUCUGGCUGCCCGUGCUGAUCGGCCUGCUCCACACACAAAAUGCAUCAGCUUUUAUUGUGCCCCGGGAACUGCCCUCCAUCUUAUCCAUAGUUUACUCCAAUAUACCACCGAUUAAAAAGGGAACUGAUUCCCGUUUGGGCUUUGGCUUUCGCCUGGGCGAGCAUGCGGACUUUCAGGUGAUGGUGGAACUGGGUCCCCAGAAGGAGACGCGUCCCAUCGGCGAGCCCAACCAGGAUGAUCAAUCGUUCAACAAGCGCCAGGUGAGCCAGAGCGAUCAGAAGGCUCUGGCCCGUCAACUUUAUCGCCAGCAGGUGAUGGAGGAGGCGGAGAGAUUGAUGACGUCCACGGAGAGGAAUGGGGCCAGCUGGCUGCAGGCCUGGUCGAAUGGCAUGAAACCGCAGAAGCCCAAAUCAAAGGAUCAGGCCAAGAAACCAGUGAAAGAAAGUUCUUCAAGCAAUUAUCAGAAUGCACAGGCAACAGAUCCCACCAGUGCCAUGAAGCAGCUGCAGUUGCUCUACAAAAUGGCCACCAGUUCGAGCACCACAACCACCACAACAGUGCCUCCUGUCUUUACAGGAGGAUCCCUUAAUUUGGGUGGUCCAAGUGGCUUUAAGCUGCCACCUCCUGCUCUUAGCCAGGAUACCAAUACGCUGAGCAAUCCUGAUCCUCUCAAGAGCAAAUCUGAGAUCACCAAGGAGCUUAUGGAUGUCAGUCUGGAGACGGACACUUAGGUUGUGCGCUUAUCUAGUUACUAAUUAACCUCUAUAUACAAAUACUUGUGUAUUUGGGUGCUUAGCAAAUCUGUGUGUAGUAUGGCUUAGCUAUCUUUUGUAAAUAAUAUUAUAAAUAAAACUUAAUUUAGUGAAUCGCUUUAUUGAACAGCCUGAAUGUAGGCAAUAGAAAUUUUAUGUCAAAUCGAGGUCAUGUAAAACUCAUGUAGAAUUGUAUAAAUGUAAACUAAAAUUUACAUUGGUUAAAUAUAUUAAAAACUGGUUAUAAAUUAAACAUUUAAAGUUUCUGACGUCAUUCGUAUUUUUUUAUUUACAAAUAUAAACAACUUUAUUCUUUCUUUCUGAGUUACGCUUUAUU